AAUUCGCCAUUUUGUAGUCUAAAUAAAUACACAGUCUCGGUCGCACGUUAAUAAAAUUUAAAUUCAAACUAAAAACGUAAGUACGUUUGUACAAACAAAUAAUAAUAAGUACUUAUAAUUAAAAUAGUGAUUUAAAAAUUCAAAUCUCCGAGUAAUUAAAAACUAAAUUAUCAUCACGUGAUUUGUGACGCGGAAUUUUUUUUCCGUUACCAUCAUCAGCAGAAGUGUGUGUUGAGUGAUUCACUUAAAUAUAUACGUAUAUAUAUUUUUUAUUAAAUGUUUUUGUAGAGGAUGCGCAGAUGCUGCUGAGGACUAUGAUAAAAUAAAAAUAUUUGUUUUUUAAAAUUAUUUAUUUAUUUUAUAAAAUAUUCGGUUUGGUGACAGUUUGAAAUUCAAGUUUUUUAAAUAUUAGAGGUAAUAUUUUUUAUAUAUAAGAAAAAGUCAUGGAGAUCGAGGUCCCGGAAUUCACAUCUAAGGAUGAUGAGAUACAAUAUUGGAUGGAUUUGGCACAACAAAUGUUCCAGAGGAAAGAAGAUGUGGAACAAGAGCUAGCGGAGUAUGAAGAAAAUUCAAAGAUGCUGGAAAAAGAACUGGAGACAGCGCUGGAGCAAGCGGAGAACACAAACCGCGAGUUGAGACAGCGGAACUCGCGACUGGCUACAGAAGUCGAACAGUUGAGGUCACGAAUGGAUCAGCAGGCGGUGGAUUGUUCGGUUUUUCAAACACGGGCUUCGGAAUUAGAGGGCCAGCAUGAUCAGCUUGUUAAAUAUAUCCGGGAGUUGGAGCAGAAAAAUGAUGAUUUAGAACGUGCCCAUCGAAUAAAUCAAGCGUCCGAAGAAGCCAUAGAGGCCAAAUUCAACUCAGCAAUUGAAAAAAACGCUCUAUUGGAAUCGGAGCUUGAUGAGAAAGAGAAUCUCAAGGUUUUAGUUCAAAGACUGAUGGAUGAAAAUAGAGAUCUUAAGCAAGAGAUCAAACACUUCAAGAGACACCUCCCCGAUAACGACAAGUCAGCAGCAGAUAAAGUCCGUGCGUUAAUGGACAGCAACAAACUCCAAGUAGAACUCGAGACCAACUCGCCUGUUAUCACACCUCUGUCGCAGCAAAACAUACCGCCGACCCAUUCAACGCCAGCGCCAUUCAAACUUGGCAAUGGCGUUGGAAACGUUAUCAACAAUAAUAACAACAAUAACAACAACAACAACAACAUGAACAUGCCAAUGGCGCCGUCAUCUCGAAUACAAGCGAUGAAUUUAAUCGGCGAUUUAAUGAGACGAGUUGGGGCUAUGGAGAAUAAACUGAACACAUGCAGGAAUGCGUCGCGAGAGGAUCAAGCAAUGAGAGAUUUGUACAGGACAACAACAAUCAGACGACAGGUGCGAAGUCUUGCAUCAAGAAAUAACAAUCACAUAUGACUGUAAAGUAAUCAACGAGUUAUUAAAUAAUUACUUUACUUCUUGUUUAAUUCCAGUGUUAAUUAUAUUAUUUAAAAAAAAAAGUCUAUAUGAGGCAAAAGACUCAAUUAUUAAUACUUUUUAAAUUUAAUUGUUUACUUAUCUUUAUUAAUUACUUUUUAUGUCACCUGCUUUAAAACUGAGAAGAAAAAAAUCCACUGUCUGGCUGAUGAAUAAAUUUAUCAAUUAAAGUCCUGUCAGAUUCUCAUUGUUUAUUAAUUUUAUGAAAAAUUUAGUGAGUGCGAGAUAAAACGAUUUUGUUUCUGAUGGCAGCAGUCGCCUACUGGUCAAGUCAACCUCACCCUGGUCUAAAAUCGUCUGGUUUUAUUUCUGGCUACAUAAUAUACUGGUAUAUAAAAUAUAUAAUUUUAGGAAACGCACUUUAGAUUUAUUGCACAAAAAAAAUUAAAAAAAAAAAAAAAAUUGUGACGUAACUAGAAAUUAUGAGAUUUUGAUAACUGGUACAGAUAACUGGUUAAAAAUUGCAAUUGUUAUAUAUAUUAAAUAUGAUGAGUAAAUUAAAAUGCCUAAUAUAUUUAUUGUAGUAUCAAUAAUUGGGUCUUUUACUUUAAAAUGUUGCUUAACUUUUUUAAAAGCUUAGAUAAUUAAAGGAAAAAUUUAUAAGUUGUCGCAAUUGCUUGUAACGAUUUGUGGCCACUUUUUAAACUGGGUUUAAAUUAUUAUUGCUGAUAUAUCUAUUAAAAAUUGAUUGAAACUCUGAUAAAAAUGAACUGGUUUAAAAAACUGGCCCUUAAUAAUUUAAUUGUAAUUAGUGAAUUUAUUAAGAUACUGAAAUUAGCCGACGUCUAAUUAAAAAAAAAUUCAAAAUUGCACCUAUAGCUUUUUUAAUUUUCUACAUGUGCAUAUUUUUUUUUGUAAUUGAUUUGUUGAAAAAAAUCCGGAAAUUGUUAAUUGUCUACUAACUUCAGGAUCAUUAUUUAUUAACGUUAUUUUAUAUUUAUUUAUAUUCCCGGGUAUAAAAAUUUCAAGCCAAAAUAAAAAUUUUUCGCCGCCGUAAAGCGGCUGACAAAGGCCAAGGUAGUGAACACAAGUCCGAAAAAAAAUUGACUCAAUUUAUCGGCUAGUUUAUUAAGAAUAAUAAAAUUUAUGAUACUGAAAUCAGCCGACGUUUCAUAACUUUGGAUUUUUUUAAAAACGAUAAAUUAAAAAAAAAAAUU